AUGAAACAACAAGAAACAGGCCAGAUUUCAACACUCUGUCAAGACCCGCAUUCAAUACAACGGCGUCCUACAAACCUCGGCUGUAUCUACUACAACUCAUCAACCGAAGAACUCGAUAAGUCUCUUUCGUUUUGUGUGUUAUUCAAUUGUACUACAGUGUUUCUGGUAGCCACUGUACGUAAUUCUUUAUUCUUCAAAACCAGGUUACGGGUGUUCAACUGGCAAGCACAACGGGACGAAUCAUCUUCUGGUGGCUCUGAGCAAGCCAUCGGUCAAAUGACGGCCUACUCGUCAGAAGCCGAUGACUACAGCGUCUGGUUCAAACCGUGGAUUGCGCCGGCUCCCCGCGAAUGUGAGACUACUGGUCAGCGCCCGCGUUUAGACGUCUCGGUCAUCCUGAGACGUGGAUAUCAUGACCUGUCUGUUAAUCUGAAGAAGAAGCGUCAGCUGUAG